CAAGGGAUUGUCCUCGGUGUGGGUUAUGCCAGGCAGAAAUCAUUUAUUUGCUUAAAACCAAAGGUCGUUACGGAGCAGGUAACACCAUCCACGCAAGCUACCUAGAUGAAUUCCAAAAAGAGUAAAUAUAAUCCAGAAAGAUGUCUCAGAGCCCAGAAGUUGUUGUCCCGAUGGCAGAUUGCAAUACAAAUGGUAUCCAGAAUCAGUCUUGGAGCUCAACAAAAUCCAGUACCGUCACCUUUCGUAACAUCUGCUACAGAGUGAAGACGAAAAGUGGAUUUAUAGGCUGUCGAAAAAUAGUUGAAAAAGAAAUUUUGAAAGAUAUCAAUGGAAUAAUGACACCAGGACUGAAUGCAAUUCUGGGACCAACAGGCAGUGGCAAAUCUUCAUUACUGGAUAUUUUAGCAGCACGGAAAGAUCCCCGUGGCUUAACUGGAGAUGUUUUCAUCAACGGUGCCCCCCAGCCUGCCAAUUUUAAAUGCAUCUCUGGCUAUGUAGUACAGGAUGAUGUUGUGAUGGGGACUUUGACUGUGAGGGAAAACUUCCAGUUCUCUGCUGCACUCAGACUACCAAAAACAGUAAAAACUCAUGAAAAAGAGGAGAGAAUCAACCAGAUCAUCAAGGAGCUGGGAUUGACAAAAGUGGCAGAUUCAAAGGUUGGAACUCAGUUCAUUCGUGGUAUAUCAGGAGGAGAAAGGAAAAGGACCAAUAUUGGAAUGGAGCUCAUUACCGACCCGGCCAUUUUGUUCUUAGACGAGCCAACCACUGGUCUUGAUGCCAGCACUGCCAAUGCCGUUUUGCUGCUCUUGAAAAGGAUGUCCAAGCAAGGAAAAACCAUUAUUUUUUCCAUCCAUCAACCACGCUACUCCAUCUUCAGACUGUUUGAUAAGUUGACCUUGUUGGCUGCGGGAAGACUUUUGUAUCAUGGACCUGCUCAAAAUGCCUUAGAAUACUUCAAGACCAUCGGUUAUGAGUGUGAACCAUACAAUAACCCUGCUGACUUUUUCCUGGAUAUCAUUAAUGGAGACUCGACAGCUGUGGCUUCUCAUAAUGAAACCGACAAAGAUGGUACUCAAGAUCAGACACUGGCUGAGAAAUUGGUAGAGAAGUAUUCCAGUUCUUCUUACAAUCAAGAAACCAAAACAGAAUUGGAAAAGCUGUCUGCAAAGGGUGAAACCAAAAAGACCACUUUCCAAAAAGUCACCUAUUCCACUUCCUUCUUUCACCAGAUGAAGUGGGUCUCCAAACGGAUGUUCAAAAAUUUAAUAGGUAAUCCUCAAGCCUCCAUAGCACAGUUAUUGGUUACAAUUUUCCUGGGAUUAGUCGUGGGUGCCAUAUUCUUUGGUGUAACAAAUGAUGGCAAAGGUUUGCAAAAUAGAAUUGGUGCCAUGUUCUUUAUGACUACUAAUCAGUGUUUCAGCAGCAUUUCAGCAAUUGAACUCUUUGUGGUAGAGAAGAAAAUAUUUAUACAUGAAUAUAUCAGUGGAUACUAUCGAAUUUCUGCAUACUUCUUCUCUAAACUAAUGGCUGAUUUAAUACCCAUGAGGACUUUGCCCAGCAUAAUUUUCACCUGCAUAGUUUAUUUCAUGUUAGGCCUGAAACCCACCGUAGAGGCUUUCUUUAUAAUGAUGUUCACUUUGAUGAUGGUGUCAUACACUGCAACCUCUAUGGCACUUGCUAUUGCUACAGGACACGAUGUGAUGGCUGUCGCCAAUCUUCUGAUGACAAUCAGCUUUGUUUUUAUGAUCAUUUUCUCCGGGUUGUUGGUAAAUCUCACCAGUAUUCUGUCGUGGCUUUCUUGGCUCCAGUACUUCAGCAUCCCUCGAUAUGGCAUGACAGCAUUGCAGAUUAAUGAAUUUGUGGGUCUUGACUUCUGCAAUUUCCAUACCAUUGAAAACGGGAGCUCCAAUUGCACAGAAGUUAGCACAAUUCAGAUGUGCACUGGAGAACAAUAUCUGGAAAGCCAAGGGAUCGAUGCAACUAGUUGGGGGUUAUGGCAGAACCAUGUGGCACUGGCUUGCAUGACCAUCAUUUUCCUUAUUAUUUCUUACUUGAAGCUACAUUUCAUGAAAAAGUUCUCUUAAGUCCAUGAAGUUGUCAAGGGUCCAAUACAGUUAGUCCAAUCCAGAAUCAUGUAAAGAGGAGAAUGAGAAAAGAAGACUAUUUCUCUCAUAACUGUAUUCUUUUGAACUCACAAACAAGAAAAACCUCAGCCUUCAGCCAAGAUGUUUGCCUUUAUAAUACCCGCAGCAGAGGUGGGUUUCAGCAGGUUCUGACCAGUUCUGGAGAACCGGUAGUAAAAAUUCUGACUGGCCCCGCCCCCAUCUAUUGUCUGCCUAUCAACUCCCAGUUGAUCAGGAGGAAAUGGGGAUUUUGCAGUAACCUUCCCCUGGAUUGGGGAGGGAAUGGAGAUUUUGCAGUAUCCUUUCCCUGCCAUGCCCACCAAGCCACGCCACACCCACUAAGCCACACCCACAGAACCGGUAGUAAAAAAAAUUGAAACCCACCACUGACCCGCAGAUAUUAUUUGGUUCCGUGUCAAAAAGUCUGAAAAUCAAAUGUCAGUUAUUUCCUGCUUACAAGUCUGGAGACUUCCUUUAAUAUCGGUGGCAUUUAUUUUAUUUAUAUUUUAUUUGUUUCUGCAUACUCCUGACAUAGCCCAUGCUGAUUCACAACAUUAAAUGAUAAUAAAAUUAUAUUCAAAUGAAUGGAUCCAUCAAUAAAUAGCAAUAAAAUCAAUCAUGUCACAAAUAAAAUUAAUCCUUGAUUCGAACAUAAAUAAUUCCUAGAAGGGAAAUGCUACCAUUUAAAAAUAGGUUUUCAGGUUAUUUUUCAAAUAAUCAAAUAUAUACCUUGGUACUCCUUGUUAAUUGGUUUCAGGAGGCAUGAUGGGUACCAAAAAUAAUGAGUACCAAAGAAAUUUUUCCCAGUAAGGCAGCUGACAGCAACAACUUCUAGCUUGUGUGUUGAGUACCAAACAAAUGAUGAGUACCAGAACAAAAUGUUCAUGUCAAAAUGCAUUGAGUACCAAAUUCUAUGAGUUUCAAAGCAGUUGAGUAACAAGGUACCACUGUGUGUGUUUAAUUCUUUUCCAGAUACUAAAUGGUUCUGAAAUGCUUAAUUCCAGAUUAAUCAUAUUUCUCAACAAACAGGAUAGUAAGCGAUUCAUGGUCUGAAGUAUAAUCAUGAAGUGUAACCAAGCCAUUGGAGAUAAACCAGGACUAGUGACGAUACCACAAGAAAUACUAAAACUCUACUUUAUUGAUAGUGUUUAUUAUUGCUUAUUUUUAUUUAUCAAAUUUUGGAAUUGCCCAUCUCCCUCAUUGACUUUGGGCAAUGUACAGAUAAGAUGUAGCUUGAUUUAGACUAUAACAAUCCCGAAAGCUUGAACAGCAGUUCUUUGUUCUCUCUUACAUCAGAGAGACUCUAGGCAAGGCAAUCUUGAGUAUCUUUUGUACACCUUCCUGUUUUCCUGCAUUCAUGUUUUCCUAAUGACUGCCAUAUAUUUUCUUCAGUGCUAACUCCAUACUGCUCUACAAUUGCACAAAAGGUUGCUUAAAUAACCUGUCCAAUUCAAACCAUACCAAUCCAAUUCUUUAUUACAGAUCAGUGAUCCAGAUCAAGUAAGUCUUAGUCAGGGGUGUGAUUCAACCGGUUCGGACAAGUUUGGGCAAACCAGAUGCUAAUUUUAUAUCUGGUUUGCCGAACUGGUAGUUGCAAGGACUGGCUGGCCCUGCCUGCCCCUCCCCUCCCAGGAGUCUCCAUGUGGUCCGUUUUGGAUGCGAGGUAGGUGCAGGGCCUGUGCAGAGGCUCUGGGAGGGUGAAAAAUGGGCCUCUCUGAAGUUCCGGAAGUCUGGAAAUGGGCCCAUUUCCGGCCUCCAGAGGGCCACCGGAGCCCAGGGGAGGCUGUUUACGCCCUCCCGGAGGCGCAACAAAAGCCUUUGGAGCCUGGGAAGGGUGAAAAGACCCCCCCCCGCCAUGGUGCAGGAGGCUGAGUAGGCCACACCCCCAUGGCCACACCCACCCAGCAACUGGGCAGAGAACCGGUUGCUAAAAUUUUUCAAUCCCACUCCUGGUUUUAGUAAAUAAAACCUAGAGGAUACAAUCCACAAAGUAGAACAUAUAAAAUAAAAUAAGGCAUAAAAGGUAACAAAAAUUGCAAACACGCUAAACACUAUUUUUUCUGUCAAAUUUUGCUACAAAUUUUAUUAGUUGCCACACAAGAAUGGAAACAUGACAUUUUUGUUUGUUAUUUACAGGCUGCAAAACAUUUUCAAUCCAUUGUUAUGGAUUGUACUUUGUGUGCAAUGCAUAGAAUGAGAAUUAUCCCUCUACACACUGAAAACCUGUGAAUAUAUGGGAAAACCUUGAUAUAAAAAUGUGCAUAGUAUGUUGGGAUAAUAGGUGGUUUCCAAUUCAAAUGAUGUAUUAUCUAUAGGCACAGCAUACACGUUUUAUUCCAGUGCACUGUUGCAUUUAAGCUUACUUCAUGGAGUAUUUUUUUCUCAUGACCUUUUUGGAAGCCAGAGAUUGAAUUACCAGACCUUAAAUUUAAAACAGUGAUAGUUGGGACCUCCUAUGAAUAGAAAAGCACUGCAUUUUAACCUUUUGGUAACAAAAAGUUAAGGAAUCCCUGCUUUAUAUCAAAACAUAUUAAGGGUGUCCAACACCGAUGUCAAUAUAAGGCACAAAUGGUUGAUCGAAGCUGUCCCCCUUUUUAACAUAUACGAUGCAUUUUUUUUUCUUUUGUUCGAACUUGUCCAGUUCUCAGAGACUGCCUAGAGAAGUCAACAGUUUUCUUGACAAGAUUUCUUCAGAAGUGAUUUGCUAUUGUCUUCUUCCCAGGGCUGAGAGAAAGUGACUGGCCCAAGGUCACCCAGCUGGCUUGAUAUCCAGCAUGAGACUAGAACUCAGAUUUCUAACAUGAUGCCUUAACUACUACUCCAAACUGGGUCUUGUGAUCCAUAUAAUAAAUCACUUUCUGACAUUAUUGACAGCCCUGACAUAUGCCCCUGCCUCACAUCAACAUUGAUAUAAAGUGAUAAUUAAAAAUGACUUCAUAGAUAGGUAAAGAUAAAUGUUAAAAAUGAACAUUGCUUUAAGACUGAGAUAUAUACAGAUUCCUUUGUUACUACCUUUAAUGGAUUUUUAGCAUUUGGGAAGGACAAACCUAAUUGUGCCAUUGAUGAGUUUUACAUGAUAAUGGAAAUUUUAACUUCCUCAAUCUUCGGUUUUAUCACUAAGUAUAUGUUUUCCCUUCUAUUUUCUUUGUGGAAUUUAAAACCGAGGAAAUGAAAACUAUAUGACUAUGUUAACUUUUUAAUACUUUGGCAGUAUCUUGGUUCUUUCUUCUGGCCAAAAUUCAGUUGUAUUUCCAAUACUAAAGGCUACUAGGCAUAUAAAGAAGUAUGAUGUUGAUUCUUUGUUCGUGAAUUUUAUACCUUUGGUCUAAUUCUAUUUUACAAAGCUCACAUAUCUAUGUACAUAUAAAAGUUCAUGGAUUAAUAACACUGCACUUUAGUUCAAUUUAUUGCCAACAAAACUUUUCAACCAUCUGGAGUUUAUUAUUGCAAAAAGCAUUUGGAUUGCCUAAGCUACAGAAAGGCGAUUUGAUUAAAGCUUCUUUUGAUUUCA